AUGGGCGUUGUGGGGCAUUUCGCAAGAGUUCUCAUCGAGAUGGACGUGACAAAAGAUAUCGUCUAUAACUUGAUUGUUAAUAAAGGUUCCUCAUUGUUUGAAAUCGAGUUUGUUUAUGAGAACUUACCGUAUUUCUGUGGCAUCUGCAUGAAAGUGGGACACUCCUCUGAUAAAUGUCGGCAAAAGAUCGAUGAUUCUAAGAAGGAUAAUCUGAUUCAAAAGAAUGAUGCGACCUUAAAUGCUGAACUCAAAAUCUCUAUUGCUGGAGGUCCAAAAUUGAAUAGGUCAGGUAAUUUUGUCAAGCCACAGACGAUCUGGAAGAAGGCGGAGAAUCUUCAUACUAAAAACUCGUUUGCCGCUUUAGCGAAGAUACCGGAUGAGAAUGCGAGUACUAAACCAAUGAAGUAG